AUGGUCAGUAGCCGAGCUUUCCUCUGCCGGAUGAACCGCAUUCUGACUAGGAAACAUGCUCCUCCCUCCUCCAGGGUCGUCAAGCACGAACGAAGCAAGGCGAUCCGACGCCUCUCGCAGGCUCUUCCGCUCAUCCUCAUUCCGGCGCGCACAAGGGCAAGCGCAAGGCGCUCUUGGAAGCCAAAGCAGCCCGAGGGGAACCCACGUCGAGUAAGAGGGCCAAGGUCGACUCGCCUGCCAAGCUUGCCAGAGUCGCAGCGAAGAAGAAGGCUUCGGCGGCUUCGGCUUCGGCUUCGGGUAACAAGAACCGCACCGGGACGGGCAGGAAGCAGCAACAACAGGCGGGCGAGAGCGAUGACGACGAUGAGGGCAUUAGGGGAAUGCAGGACGAGGAUGUCGAAGAGGACGACGACGACGAAGAGGACGUCGAGGAAGCCAAAGGGCUCGCAGCCGCUCGCUCGUCAGUUUGCUGGCUUUGAGAGUCACUCUGCGAGAUGAACCUCCUGAGAGCUGAUCGGUCCCUUCGCGUUCUCACAGUGCCCUCUUCAACGACGAGGAUUUGCACCAACCCGGUAUGGAACUCGACCAAGACGAAGACGACGACGAAGAGUUCGAUUCGGACCGAGCCGACGACACCGACGAUGGCGAGGACGGAGCGAUCGACGACGAGUUCGAACUCGGAUCGGACGAAGGCGACGAGGAUGAUGGCGAGGGUAACGGCGUCACGCUCGAUGACUACCAGAUGACCGCCGCAGAGUAGGUCUGGCCAAAGAUUACCGUUCUGGACCCGUCAAGACCCUGACUCGAACAUGCUGCUCAUUUCACUUAGGGCCGAACAAGUCGCACCGAGUGGCAAAAAAGCCCUCAAGCGUGCUCAAAAAGCAGCCGAAUACAACUCGGACGACGAGACACCCAUCGUCGAGCCCGUCUACCGAACCGGCCCCAAAAUCUUGGCACAGCGCCCCGCACCUGAGGGCGAGGACGAGGAUGAUGCCGACGAGUUCGAGGAUGAGGAUGAUGAGGACGAGGAUGGGCCUUCGGCGCUCAGGGAAGGACCGUUGGAGGAUCUGCGAGCGGUCGAGCGGAGGAUGAGGAGUGCUGCUCGAGUGUUGGGCAAUUGGAAGGAGUUGGGCAAGGCGACUGGAAAGUGAGUCGGUUUGGUGUCUCCACAAUGUUAGAGAUCUGCUCUGAAGCCGUCUCCGAACGUCGAACAGGUCCCGGUCAGAUUUUGUCGAGCAGAUCAUCGGCGACAUUUGUCAGUACCACGGGUACACCCCUUACCUUGCUGAGAAGCUUUUCGAGAUCUUUCCCGUCGACGAGGUAAGUCGAGUGACUUCCACUUGUGCUCCUCGGUUUCCAGCUCACCAAGUUCUGACGCACCCCCUAGGCGCUCGAAUUCUUCAACACUUCCGACACCCCUCGACCUCUGACGAUCCGAGUCAACACCCUGAAGACCCGGCGACGUGACCUCGCCCAAGCCCUGAUCAACCGCGGAGUCAACCUUGAGCCUCUCGAAGGCGGGUGGUCAAAAGUCGGUCUCCAAGUCUUCUCCGGCGGAGGAGUUCCCGUAGGAGCGACGCCCGAAUACCUCUCGGGUCAAUACAUCCUCCAAUCCGCUUCGUCCUUCCUACCCGUCAUCUCUCUCGAUCCCCAACCCCACGAACGCGUGCUCGAUAUGUCUGCCGCACCGGGUGGUAAGACAACGUAUAUGUCCGCUUUGAUGGGCAACACGGGAGAAGUCUGGGCCAAUGAUUCGAGUCGAGGUCGCAUCAAGGGUCUCGGUGGUAACGUCGCUCGAUUGGGUUGCCGCAACGUCGUCAUCACCAACGUCGACGGUCGUGAAUUCCCACGCAUCAUCGGUGGGUUCGAUCGCGUUUUGCUCGAUGCGCCUUGUUCGGGAACGGGUGUCAUCUCCAAGGAUCAAUCGGUCAAGAUCAACAAGACCGAAAGGGACUUUACGCUCUUGUCGCAUCUCCAAAAACAACUCGUCUUGUGCGCGAUCGAUUCCGUUUCCCCCAAUUCGGAAAAGGGAGGCUACGUCGUCUACUCGACUUGCUCCGUCACGACGGAAGAGAACGAAGCCGUCGUUUCUUACGCCUUGCGUAAACGUCCCCACGUCAGAUUGGUGGAAACGGGUCUUCAGUUCGGUAAAGAAGGCUUCAAGUCGUACAAGGGCAAAGUAUUCGGCAAGAACAUGCACCUCACGCGAAGGUUCUACCCCCAUGUUCACAACAUGGAUGGUUUCUACGUCGCCAAGUUCAAGGUCGGCAAACCGGACAAGAAGGCGAUCGCUUUGGCCGAACAGGAGGAGAAUGAAGUGAGCGAGUACAAGCCUUUGGGAGAAGAAGAGGACGAGGAUGAGGAUGGCGAGGGAGAACCCAAGUUCGAUGAUGAGCAGGACGAGGCUCUGAUCAAGGAGUCGCAGAAGCGGUAUUUGAAGAAGAAGGGGGUUAAUCCCAAGGCUCUAAAUGGGAAGCCGAGCAAGGCCUGA